GUCUUAUAUUUAGAACAACCAUCAAAUAUUAAACUUUUAAUAUCCACUAUUCAUGAUAAUCUUUUAACUAUGGUAAAUGAUUUACAAUCUCCACAAACAGAAAUACUAGAAAGUUUACAAGAAGAAAAAGAAAUCAGUUUUAUAAUAGAGCCAAGUGAUAUGGUUAGUGAUGCUGAUAGUUUUAAAAAAAUAGACCAGAAACAAAUCGAAUUUAAUGCUAAGACCGAUUUAAUCGAUAAUCAAGAACCGGAAAUAUUAACAGAGCCACAAAUCAAAGAGUUAAUAACUGGCAUUAAUAAUGUCGAACUUUCUUUACAAGAAUUUAAUACCAAACUUAAGAUUAUAUUAAAAAAAUGUGAAAAUGGAAAAGAAUAUAUUAAAUACAUUGAUUAG